GCAGAGUAGUGCAGCUGUCAAUGGUGAAAAUGGCGAAUUGCGAUGGAGUCGGGGAACUGAUGAUAAAUUAUUAAUUUACUUUAUUUUGUGACGAAUAUAAACAAUUUCGUGUUCAAGGAAGUGUGUCGAGGGAACACAGACUUUACAAUUUAAUUGUGUAGCUAUAAUUUAACUCGCCUUUCGCCGUUUGCUGUUCCUUGAAUCUGGACCAGAGGCUUUGCAAUCCGGAAGAUAUAAAUGAACCAAAACCAAAUCCAGCAACUUACCACUCACCUAUCGCAGGCACUUGAUCAAAACUACGAUGUCGUCAACAUGGAUACAGUGCUCUCUGUUAUAUGUGCACUGGAAGGCACACCAAUCACCAAGGAGCAGCUGGAGGCCACCAGACUGGCUAAGUACAUUAAUCAGCUGAGAAGAAGGACCAAAAAUGAGCAUUUGGCUCGACGCGCAAAGUCCUUGCUAAAGAAGUGGAGGGAAAUGGUGGGGAUUCAGCAAACGGCCACUGAAAGUCUCCCACAUCCCAGUCAAAUUGUUUCCCAACCCACGCAGCUAGUAUCAGACUUUGUAAAGUCCGCAGCGGUGGCACCAGACAGCGGUGUCCACAUGAGCGAGCCAGUUGCUCAUCUACCGUUCUCUCAAGCGUUGUCUUCGCAGCAAAUUGCUUCACACAUGCAACUAAAUAUCGACUCUUCUGAGCCUGCGCCUUUGGGUGUGCACACCCAACUUCAUACGAACUUCUCAAACCUGGUCAACAAUAUCCAUGAUUGCGAGCGUGACCAAAAAAACUCUGUAACGACACUGCACAAUAACAAGGACCGGCGCCAACCACAGCCCACACUUAGUAGGCACCAGAGCUCUCCUCAGCCGAUCAUAAUUGAACAGUCGGUCAAUUCCGUAUUCAACCUAACCGAUGUCAGCGCCGAGAAGAUGAACGAAGCUUCAGUUGUCAUUGACAUUGUAUCCGAUUCCGAUGAGAACGACAACAACUGUGUGUCGAAGCAAGAAAAAUCCAACUUGGUGGUGCCAGCGCCCCUUGCAAUUCCAACAACGCCAAGCUCUCGGCAGAAAAAAUUAAAAAAAGAGAAAAGAAGUAAGGAUAGAGAAGGGCAGGUCGCACAAAACAUAAGAUUUGGUUCAAAAGUUAGCGACGGAUUGCUACAGUCUGCUCUCGCAGCAGAUUCAGAAAUUUUUUCCCUUUCAAACAGUUCUAUGAGCUCAAUUUUAUCUGGGGAUGCUACAUUGGGAAAUUCCCAGCAUAAGACUCGAUUAAGCUCAAGCGAGUUGACAUUUACCGGCAGAUUUAAGUCGGUUAACCAAUUGGAUGUUUCGAACCACAGUAAUUCAAGCUUUUUGGCCGGACAAAACAGUGUGUUUCGAAACACUGAAUCAGGGAAGCAAAAAUUUGAUGAAUAUAGUGCUUACGACUCAAGUGCAUCAUGUAGCCGUCUAUCUCCAUCAACUGUCGAAGAAGUAAGAAAGUCCGAGAAUUUAUUUGAUGCUCGAUUACACAAUGCAUCUGCUAUUCAGAUAGCAAUGCCUUCUUCCGGCAUGGGCUAUGAUCCAAAUAGUAGACCUGAGUAUUUGGAAAACUCCUCCCAGUCUCAAAUUCCAAAAAGACGUGGUAGAAAAAAAGGAUCAAAAGGUGUGGACGGUCUUAUCGCCAAGGAGUCAUCUAGCCUGUCGCAACAAAUAUUUUUUGGGGGCUCAACCGUUAAAAAAGUAAAGACCACGAAGGAACUCUUUAACGAAAUUCAGAGCAGAAAAUUAAGUGUUUCCAUGCAAUCGUCAACCAGUAAUCUUUCAAAUUCGUCAACCAAUCGAGAACUGGCUUCCCGUGCUAUCUUUCCAAGACCAACGUCGUCUUGCUCAGACACUUCAAUGCAUUCUCCACAAAUUUUGGAAUCUUUUUCGGGCAAUGCUACUUUUACAAGCAAAAUAGAAGAACCUGCAAUUACGGACAGUGAUACGGUGACUUCAGAACCAUCUCACGAUAGUAAUAAAUCGCAGGAAAUUAAGGAAUGUACUUCAUUGGAGAGCAAUAGCAAUUCACUCCAUACCUUACCUUUAGCAAGAACAUCGGAAAACUUGAUGCCGAACAAUUUUAAUGAUGUCACCACUCAAUUAAUGCACCUAAUUCACAGCUUGAACAGCCCACUGAAUGAAAUGGAAAUUGAGAAAAUGUACCAAGCUCAAAUAGUACCAUGUACUUGCCUAGUUAUCGAGGAAGUUCAGAGUACAUUAGAAGAGUCUAAAAAUGCAACUUCAGAUACGGAUAAGAAUGAUCCAAAAACUAGUUUAAAUUAUAAGGAGAACAUUUCUCACAAGCAUGAAGAAAACUUGCUUAAUUUUGAAAGUGUGGAUAAUGGUGAAGUAGGUGACACUCAGCCAAAACCAGUAAAGUCAAUUUUUGAUCUAGAUUUUGAUGAUAACGACGAUCCUUUGUAUUCGUUAAUGGAUGAAAUUCGAAAGCCAAUAGCUAAUUUUGAAGAUUCAAAAAAUAAUUCUGAUACCAAAAAUGUAUCUUUUAGUGCACCCAUACAAAACGUUGCGUCAAAUUUGAUAAGUAAUAACGCGGAUGCUCAACUUGACAAUACUAAUCAAGAAAAAGAAAGCAGUGAAACAAACAAUGAAGUUCUUCCUGUCUUUACAGUUCACGAAGAUCCUGAUUGCGUAGCAAAGCAAAGGUUUUAUAUACAAACCAACAAAGUAACCAGUUUUCACAUAAAUUCUUUGCAUAAUUUCUACAUACCAAACAUAAAUGGGAACUGGGAUAGUGUUGACUCAGCCUCUAGUUUUCAAUCUGAGAAUAAAUGUCUCCACACCUUGGACUCUUACACAGUGACUGAUGGAGCUGAUGUUGUCCCUAAAUAUGGACUUCUAACAUCCGAUAGAAUCAAAAAAGACCUAAGUUCUUUAAAAUUUAUAAAACCUUUUAAAGCGAAACAAUUUAAAUCUUUAAUGGCACCAUUUCUUGGCGUAGCAAAGUGCUUGCCAACGUGUCGACGUGCUAGAAACAGGGUUAAGGAAUGGCUGAACUCUCCGAAUACUGCUAAUACAUUUUCUAAAAGUUUAGAAAUUCCCGAAGGUAACAUAGAAUAUAAAUUUAAUAGUUCCAGCCCGCUUGAGGUUAAUGUUGAUGUCCCGAUUUCUGGUACGAAUAGCCAUAAUGAAAACCACGUGCCAACGCAAGUUAAUUGCAACAUCAAUAUAUCACCGUCAACGAAGACAUUAUUUGGUACGUCCUCCGUGAAAGCUUUCAGUUAUAAUUUAUUAAAAUUGGCUAAUGAUGAAGUGCACUUCGCUGAUCCUGAUAAAACUGAUAAAAGCAGUGAUCACGAAUAUCAGGAUGACAGUCCUUAUAGGUCUAGUAGUUCCAGCAGUUGUAGCUAUUCUAGUUUAAAAGCAACUCAAAACUCCAUAAAUGAAAAACUAAGAAAUAAAAGGAAAGAUUCAUCAGGCACAAAAUCAGAAGUACAUCGAAAAAAUAAAAGAAUUUAUGCAGAGGAUGUUAUAAAAAAGAAGAAACAAGUACGAAAUGAAUUUAAUAUUUCAGUCAAGCGGUUUAAAACAUCUUUGAAUGGAACCUUUUCAAAUUUGAGUAGUAAUAAUAACAGCAGUGAUAGUGACAAUGGAGCAGAGAAUGAUAAUGAGAAUGAAUACGAAAACAGUAAUAAUGAAGAAUAUGCCAUUGUUCAACGCCCAGUAGGUGAUGGGGGAGCUUGCAGCAACCAUAUUGUAUUGACAAUAAAGAAAACGCCAAGUAAAAUUAAUUCUCCAGCCAACUCUAUGACUGCAGUCUCACCAAAUACUACUUCAGAUAUGGGAAAUGUAAAAAAACCGCUUCCCAACUCUUUUCAAGAAGAUCUAACUAAAUGCCAAACUGAAAUUCCACUGGAACACUGUAAUGUAAAAUCGAAAACAUGCAGGCUAGCUUCUAGGCCCCGUAAUAUCCGCUAUCGCCGAACAUGCCGAAAACAAGAAAAAAGUCAAAUUAGGUCUAUUGAUUUAGAACUAAAACAUUUAUUUCAUUUAAAACCAAAUACAACAGAUUACUCAGAUAUUAAGCUUCACAAUAAACUGUUUUUCCACCAUGAACUGUGCAGGGAGAACGCUCUAGGUGUAAAGGAAAGAAUAAUAAAUUAUAGCAGUAGCAGCAGCUCUAGUUAUGACGACGAUAGCGAAGUGGAAAACACUUCCGCAGAGGACAAAAAAGUUAAAAAAAGUUCAUCUUUGGAUACAUAUAAUUUAAAAAUUGAGACUGAAAUGAGUGCCGCAGCAGCGAUUUCCGAGGCCAAUUUUGAAAGCGAUUUGGAUUCAUAUUUAACUUCAUUAAGCGAUAGCGAUAAUGGAGAUCAGAAAGAACUUAAAGAAAUUGAUUAUACUGUCAAUGAGGGGAACGAUUUUCAAAACAACAGUAUGCUGCAAUCUUUUAAUUCAAUAUUUGCUGAGAGUUCUGUUGCAAGUAUAAAAUUAUCUCCGACUAAAGCAUCGCUCGAAUCACAAAAAAUUGAUAAUUCCGAUGCUAGCAAUAUAUGUUUUAACAACAACAACAACUUAGAUGUAGACCUAACCAUGAGACGGAAAUCUAUCGAGUCGGCCGAAUCAACCAUUAAAUUUCCAUUGCUCGGCGUUGAGUACCGCACUGGAAUUCGGUCAUCUUCAGAUGUUGCUUCUACAAGUAUAGCGGAAAAGAACUUAACCAGCUUUCAACAAUUUAAGGAAUGGCAUCAGGUUCUCCAACUAAAAUCGUACAACAAUGAGCCCUUAAUUGUUCUGCCUUACGUUUUGCUUGAAUAAAUUCAACUUUUCACUCACGCUGUGUGAUAGCAUUUCCAAAACAAAAAAAGAAAAUGUAAAAGCGUGUAGCGAAAUAAAAUACAUUAAAAAAAAUUAUCAAUUAAUCAUAAUCUUGUGUUGUGUAUACUAAGUCACUUUUGAUCAGAUCACAGCACUGUUGGUUAAUUGUACGUUUGCCAGGACUAAAAGAAAUAUACUAAUAUAAGAAGAAUCAAUUGCGUUUGCAAUAUGAAUUUUUGUUACAUUCUAUUGUUAAAACUUUUUAUGUUUUUAAUUUGAAAAUUUUCAGUAAAUAUUUAAAUACCGAUAAGUAACACAAACUAAUGUAUAAUAACUGUAAAUAAAAUAGAUAUACAUUAAAUACGUUUCUCAAUGAAA